AUGCCAUGUAAACGUUUUCUCAAUUACAAUAUUCAAACUAACGCGCCAAAAUCUUCAUUCGGAUUCUUACGCAUGCGCGCUCUUGCGCGCAAGCAGAAGCGCGAUUGUUUUGAAAGAAACUUGUUUAAGCUUGCUUUUGUUUUUGGCAAAAAUGAUGAAACGCCAAAAGGUACCGCUGAUUUACAGGAAAAUGUUAUUCAAAACGAAUCAGUCGAUUUGAAUCCUUCAGAACAGUCGGAAUUAUCAGUAGCUACACAAGUUCUUAUAAAUCAUAGAACAGAAGAGGAGGCAGCAUUGAGAAGCACGUCAGAAAAAAUUGAAAGUUAUUCGACUGAUAUUGCGUUAUGGGGCGAAAUCAACGAGAAGUUACGAUUAUACUGGUUGCAAAAAAAUCCAGGUUUAUGCAGCAAUAAGGAUAAAGAUUUCUCAAAAUCUGCACGGAUUUACCAAGAAGGAGAUAAACAAAAAGUGAGAACUCUAAACAAAUCAUUAUUUCAAUUGAAACUACAAAAUAAUGAAAUAGUAGAGCGUGAGUGGUUAUCGUAUUCGCCAUCAACUGGACGUAUAUAUUGCUUUGUAUGUCGACUUUUUUCAUCUGAAAAAGAUCAAUUUACAUUUUACGGAUUUAAUGAUUGGAAACACCCAGAGCGAAUUACGGAGCAUGAGCAAAGCAAAGCUCAUAAACAAACUUUAACUAUUUAUUCUAAACGGAGAAGAGAAACUGGUAGUUUAGAAAAUGCAUUAACGAUUCAACAAAAAAAUGAGAAAAAUUAUUGGAUUCAAGUAUUACGUCGAAUAACUGACACUAUAAAGUUUCUUGCUUCACGAGGUCUCGCUUUUCGAGGGGAGAACGAACGAUUCGGAUCUAGUCAAAAUGGCAAUUACUUAGGUAUUUUAGAAUUACUGAGCGAAUAUGACCCUUUCCUUAAAGAGCACAUUAAUACCUACGGAAAUAAAGGACAUGGAGUAACAUCAUACUUAUCAGCUAAUAUUUGUGAGGAAUUUAUAGGCCUUAUGGGGGAAAAAGUUCUUGCUUGCAUUAUAAGUGAGUUGAAGAAGGCAAAAUAUUAUUCUUUUUCUGUGGAUUCUACGCCGGACAUCACUCAUCUAGAUCAAUUAACGUUCACCGUGCGCUACGUUACCGAUCAGGGGCCUAUCGAACGUUUUUUAAUGUUCGUUCCUAUAGAAGGUCAUAAUGCCGAAUAUUUAACAGAGGUUGUAGUCAAAUUUUUUAAAGAUAAUGAUAUUGAUAUAAAUGACUGUAGAGGUCAAUCUUAUGACAACGCAUCGAAUAUGUCUGGACGCUAUUCAGGACUGCAAACCAGGAUAAGGGAAAUCAAUAAGUAUGCUGAUUAUAUUCCUUGUGCCGGGCACUCGUUAAAUUUAGUCGGCGUUAAGGCAGCUGAAUGUGUUAAUGCAGUCGUUAAGAACGAAAAAAAAGUCGUUAAAUCUUUAUCCGCUACUCGAUGGUCAGCCCGAGCUGAUGCAAUCAUCGCUCUUUUCACAGGUCAUACAGAUAUUACGAAAGCUCUAGAUGAUUUAUCAAAGGAUGAUACGCAGUCUAACGAGACUAGACUUGAAGCUAAGACCAUUUUAAAGCAAAUUACAAAAUUUGAAAAUGUCUUUAUAACUGUGGUAUGGCACGAAAUCUUGACACGUAUUAAUGAUACAUCUAAAAAUUUACAAAAAGAAAAUAUGGAUUUGUAUAUAGCAUGCAGUCUUUUAAAUUCCUUAGAAUUGUAUUUAUUGGAUAUCAGGGAUAAAUUCGAUGAGUUUUUAGAAAAAGCAAAAAGCUUUACUGAUAUCUGCGAAAGUGAAUCUACAUCUGAGCCAAGAAAUCGAAGAAGAAGCGUAAAACUUACUCGCUUUGAAGGAGAGAGUGAACAUACACAAUUUACUGGAGAUGAAAAGCUCAAAAUAGAGAUUUUUUAUCCGAUAAUCGAUUCACUUUGUUCCAAUUUGAAAACCAGAAAAACUGCUUACGAAACGGUGAAUGAUAACUUCAAGUUUUUUACUGCUCUACCAAACAUGACAUACGAAGGAAUAAAAGAAUGCUGCGAAAAGCUUGCCAGAAAAUAUGAUCAAGACAUUUCUGCAGAAAAUUUAAUAUCAGAAUGUUUACAUUAUAAACAUUAUCUUCGUGAUACACGAAAGAACGAAGAAUUAUUUAUUCCUGAUCUAUACUUGCAACUGAAGAAAGAAUUUCUGACGUCUACAUUCCCAAAUAUUGAAAUAAGUCUCCGAAUAUUCCUUACCCUAAUGAUCACCAAUUGUGCUGGUGAACGAUCAUUUUCUAGAUUAAAGUUGAUAAAAUCCGAUCAUCGAAGCACAAUGUCACAGUCACGAUUGAAUCAUCUAAGUUUAAUGAGUAUAGAAUCGGACUUAUUAAAAUCGAUUGAUUUUGAUGAACUCAUAUCUAAUUUUGCUGCGAAGAAAUCGAGAAAAAAAGUUUUUUAA